AUGGUGGGCCGGAAGGGGCCGAAGCCGGGGCGGAAGAAGGUCCAUGCGACGAGCGACUUGCGUGGGAAGACGAUGAAGAAGCUCAAGAAGCGACGGCCAGAAAAUGCGGUGGACUUGGACAAAGCCGUGGGAGUGAAGAAGCUCGAAAUAGACAGUCGAGGUCAGCAAAAGGAGCGCUUGCAACAACGGCUAGGCGUCGCCGAAAGCAUGCAAGCGUGCGUGUCCGAAGCAAUACUCAUGAUUCGGGACGGGCUGGUCCAAAAGCGAGUGGAGGGACUCACGCGCGUUUGCGAAAUGAUACAUCUGACUCCGGAAGUGCUCUUGGGCGCGUCACAGAGACUCCUCAAAGAACUGGGGCCCCGGUUGGUGGACGACGAGCAGACCAUUCGGCGAUAUGCUAUACAGAUUGUUGUUGACUGCAUCGACCGAGCGAACGAAGGUGCAGGUUUAAUAUCGCGACAGUCGUCGCUGGAGUUGCCCAAGAACGCUGUUAACGAGACCCAGAAAACGGUCAGCGGCACGGGUAGUGAGACAGGUACGGGAAAGGAGGUAGUGGCGCGAACGAACGUGGAUGCUCGCAAGGACGAGUGGUACAGCUUGUUGAACAGUAUGCGCCCCAUCGUGGCUGGGCAUUUGCGAACGAUAUUAACGGACUUGCAGAGGAACAAGUCGCGGGACGGGUUGGUAUACACACUGAGUGUGUUGAGGGCGAGUGUACAUCCAAUCGUGGACGAAAGAUUUGUGAUAGAGGUACUGCCGUUAUUAUUACGGUAUCAGAGUGUGUUGUUGGGUCCAGGCAAGGUGGUCAAAACAAGCGUGACAAGUUUCGAUCGUGCGUUGCAGCCGCUGUUGAGUCACUGGAGUGCCGUUUACUUCGCGAUGAUCCUAAACAUGUUUGUGGCCGUUGAGUCGGAUAACGCAGGAGUGGUGGGCACAGGAGUGGUGGGCACAGGAGUGGUGGGUGCAGGACCGGUGGGCACAGGACCGGUGGGCGCAGGAGCGGUGGGCGCAGGAGCGGUGGGCACAGGAGUGGUGGGCACAGGAGUGGUGGGUGCAGGACCGGUGGGCACAGGAGUGGUGGGUGCAGGAGUGGUGGGUGCAGGACCGGUGGUUAGUUGGGGCGCGUUUGUAGCACGGUGUAGUGUGCCCAGUUUCGUGUUAUCCGGUUCGGAGUUUGCACCGAUCAAGAAGACGAGUAAAAAGGAUGACUUUGUGGCUGCGAGUACGCCGGGGUCGGAUUACCCGUUGGGCCGAUUAUGGCUGACGUUGGACGGGUUGGUGAAAGUGUUGGAGAACGCAAGUCUGCGGGCAGUCAACGCGUCUGUACUGGCCAAACUCAUGUACCUUACCGUCACGCUCGCACGCUGGCUGGUCACCGUCUGUCACGUGGAUGAACUGCGACGACAAGACGACCUGUUGCACUCCACUUGCGAAAUAACACUGACCAACCUCUGGGCACAAUUUGCCAAAUUCAUGCUUACAGGAGCGAAGGACAAAAUUCAUCGCACGACCGAAGUAUUCUAUGCACUCGGCGUCGUCUCCAUAGCUAGGCGCCUAUGCCAACUCGCCACACUACCCGGCAUGCCAUGGUACAUACGCAGAUCGGUACAAAUGCUCGUCCGCAAUCUCAUCUGCGCCUUCGACGCCGCUAAUCUCGCGAAUGAGGACGGCGGUGGACUUCGCGAACCCGACAAUGAACGCCACAAUGCUAUCGUGCACAAGGCACUGCUCGCCCUCGUCCAGCAGGUGUACGAAGACGCCAUCAAACAUCCGAAACGGCCCAAGCACACGCCGUCGGUAGAAAUGGCGGGGCCGUGUCCGCCACAGGAAACGAGUGUUGCUGGCCCCGAGGUCGAGGUCGAGGUCGCAGUUGCAGCGACCAGGGAGACGAACAACUUUGGAAUGCCUGCGGCGGUCGAUAGCGCUGACGACAACUCUCUGAGGGGCGCGAUCGCCGCUGCCUUCGCCGGGAUGCCGCUGACGGCCGUGGCACAGACCGACACGAACGGGAGCGUGCCGCUGUCGGCUGCGGAGUUCAUGGAGGCCUGGGAGACGCCUGCGGUCGAGACGAGACUCGAUCCCGCGACUCGCGGGUUCCGAGCGGAUUGCGAGUCGACGGGCUCGACCGCAAGCUCGCAAGGCCCCGCGCUACUGCCGCCAAUGUUGGUUGGCGACACGGUGUGCACGCUCUACCGCUCACUCGGUGAAGGCGCCCUCCCGAAACGACACGCCGCGUGGUUGGCAGCGUAUAUAUCUCAGGAGAGCUCCACUUGCUCAGAUCUACUCCCGCGCCCGAGGAAAGUGGAGCUGGCAGCGGAGGCGGCGGCAGUCGAACAGGACGUAUUUGAGGAAGACAGCCAACUUGCCAACUCAUGGAUGGCAUCGCUGCUGCAGUAA